ACGACAAGAAGAAGAAAAGUGAGAAGAAAAAGCGGCCAAACGAGAACAAGAAAGAAGAAAGCAAAGGAAGCCAGCUCUGGUCCAUUUUUGCCUUACAUCGGUGACCGGUCCAUUUGGACGGCUGGGCUCAACCGCAACAGCUGCUGCUGCUGCUCCUCCUCCUCCUCCUCCAACCCAUUUCAUCCUUACUGCUGCUGCUGGUAAAGUUGGAUCGAUCGAUCUUCUCACAAUCAAGAACCAGGGGUGUGUGUGUUUGUGAUCUUAGUCACCAUAAUAACCGCUGCUAAUUCAGUCGGGAGGCAGCAAAGAGCUUUAAGCCUCCCCCCGAUCCCUGCAGCUUCUCAGGAAAGGAAAGUCACCCUGCAUAAAAUAUUUGUUAAAUAAACAAACUAUGAGCUGUUUCAGCUGUUGUGAAGAAGAUGACCUCAACAAACCCGCUGAUGGUGGUGGCCAUUACAUGGUUAAACAUUCCGCUGGAAAUGACGGAGGUUACCAUACCACAGAAUCUGCAUCCAAGGCUCAAGCUGUGAAGGUCCAGCCUAUUGCAGUCCCUGCAAUUCCGGUAGACGAAUUGAAGGAAGUAACUGACAACUUCGGGACGAAUUCUUUAAUUGGAGAGGGCUCAUAUGGAAGAGUCUAUUAUGGAAUUCUUAAAAGUGGACAGGCUGCUGCCAUAAAGAAGCUGGACGCAAGCAAACAACUGGAUGAUGAUUUCUUGUCACAGGUUUCCAUGGUUUCAAGGCUAAAACAUGAAAAUUUUGUUGAAUUACUUGGUUAUUGUGUUGAUGGAAGCCAACGUGUACUCGCCUACGAGUUUGCAUCCAAUGGAUCUCUCCAUGAUAUUCUUCAUGGAAGGAAAGGCGUUAAAGGAGCUCAACCUGGUCCUGUUCUUUCAUGGUUGCAAAGGGUGAAAAUUGCAGUUGGGGGUGCCAAAGGUCUGGAAUAUUUGCAUGAGAAAGCAGAUCCACACAUCAUUCAUCGUGAUAUUAAAUCCAGCAAUGUAUUGAUCUUUGAUGAUGAUGUUGCUAAAAUUGCUGACUUUGACUUAUCGAAUCAAGCUCCUGAUAUGGCAGCACGUCUCCAUUCUACACGUGUUCUUGGAACAUUUGGCUAUCAUGCUCCAGAAUACGCAAUGACAGGACAACUGAAUGCAAAGAGCGAUGUGUACAGCUUUGGCGUAGUCCUGCUUGAGCUUCUCACUGGACGAAAGCCUGUAGACCAUACACUGCCUCGUGGUCAGCAGAGCCUAGUGACAUGGGCCACACCAAAACUCAGUGAAGACAAGGUCAGGCAGUGUGUGGAUUCAAAACUGGGUACGGAUUACCCUCCCAAGGCAGUUGCCAAGAUGGCUGCUGUUGCUGCGUUGUGCGUGCAAUAUGAAGCUGAUUUCCGACCCAACAUGAGCAUCGUAGUCAAAGCAUUGCAACCUCUGUUAAAUACCAGGCCUGGAAAUGCUGCUGGUGAAACUGGUCAAACGUAGAUCUGUGGCCAAUUUUUGAGUUGCUAAUGCUAGACCUCUUCAGGCGAAAAUACAGGAGCUUGAGCAAAAGUCUCUCUUUCACUUUCACACUGGAUAAGUGUCAAGAUAUAUAUAUAUAUAUAUAUCUGCAGCGAGAGAGAUUUAUUUCCAAGAUUUUAAAGUAAAUUUUGUACUCGAGAACAUCCAUCCAUCCGUGUUCCUUUCUUCUUCUUCUUAUCAUUAUUAUUAUUACUAUUACCAUCGUUGUUGUUGAUGUUGCUACUGCUAUUUUUGCCCCUCCAGUCCCUGCUGCUCUGCUUACAUUUGUUUGUUCAUAGUAAUAAAAUGUAUCUGGAUGUUGUACUCAAAAUGACCCCUUGACAGAGUGAUUUACAUUAAAGCA